AUGACGUCCCUGUGGAACCCGCCAUCAGAGCACCUGCAGAGGAAGACGUUGAGCAGAAGAGGACGGACCGGCUCUCUGGACGAGCUGGAGGACUUCGCCCAGUCUUACAACUCCCGCUCUCGUCCAGAACGGGGCUACGAGCGCGACUACAGCCCCCCGAGGCGCUUCUACAGAGAGGAAGACGAGGGCUGGGGCCGCCGGAGCCCCUCGCCUUUACCUCAGAAGAGACGGGACACGUGGGACAGCGAUCGGCCGUGUCCACCGCCAAAAAACAAAGGAUACGACGACACCAUACUCAGCAGUGUAGGGGCUUACAGGGCGGACGAGGACAGUGACACUCCCUCUAAAGGAAGCUCCAGAGGGAAGGGGAGUUUCUACAGCCGGUCUCCCAGCAACCGUCCAGAAGAGGAGGACUCUCUUCCUCCGUACUCUGAGCGCGAGGCCGAGCGGUACCGCCGGGCCGACCCAAACGCGGACCGGUACCGCACCGUAGAGCCUCCCAGAGCAGAGAGAUACAAACCCAGUGAACCUGCCAUGAGGCCUUUCUGUUACACCCGCCCCCCCCAGGACACGUCCCAAGCACUGAGAGAGGAGAGGGAGAGGAGCCGAAACCUGAGCACUGCACUGAGCAGGGACACUCUGAUAGUGUGACGAGGUUUCCCAGCAUGCACCUGUCCGUUCAUUAAACCGUCCUGUUGCUGCUCUGCCAUCAGCCGCAUGAAGUCGGCCUCCUCUCAUUGACAAUGACGGCACUGAAAGUCAGUGAGAAAUGUGUAAAAACCAGGACGUUUUUUACUUGUCAUUAAUUAUAUCUGAGUAUUUCUGCAUGUGUAGAAUACAGAUGAUAUGUAUGUGGUGUGUGUAUCAGUUGUAUUUGCAGAGUGAUUGGAUUUAUUCUGAAACCAGUGCCAAGAUGUUUGUUUUAUUAAUGUUUUUAUCUGCCAAGUUUUCAUCUGCAGGAAGCCACAGUCUUAUAUUUUCAUGCAGACUUCACACUCUUCAGUACACUGUAACUCAGGUUCACGUUGUAUGUGUGUGUUGUUGAUCUUGUACUGUAUGUAAGUGCUGUACCUUGAAUUUGUCCUGCAGAUAAAUUGCA